AUGACGCUCAAGGAGCUGCUGACCGAGGACCAAUGGCGCAGUGUGAUCAACACCACGGCGGGGCUGGGCGCGGGCGCUGUAUCCACCGUGCUGCUGUACCCGCUUGACCUGGUCAAGGUGCGCUACCAGGUGCACGAGAAGUCCGCGCACGCCUACCGCUCUCUGGGGCACGCGUUCCGCUCCAUCGUGGCGGAGGAGGGCGUCCGCGCGCUGUUCCGCGGCAUGAGUCCGGCGCUGUAUGGAGCCACGCUGUCGUGGGGCAUCUACAUGCUCUUCUACCAGAGCGCCAAGGAGCGGUACGCGCGCAUGGCCGACGAGGGCUGGAUCCAGGGCUCGUGGCAGCACUUCUUCUCCGGCAUCGAGGCCGGCUGCGUCGUCGUGCCGCUCACGAACCCGAUUUGGCUCGUUAAGAUCCGCAUGCAAGUGCAGAGCAACCGACGACUGCAAGCGAAUGCUACGGGCAAGGACGCAGCGAAGAAGCUGGCUGAGAAUAUACCCUACCGAAGCGUAUCAGAUGCAUUCCGACGGAUCAUAGCAGAAGAAGGCGUUUCGGCGCUCUACAAGGGCAUGAUCCCAGCGCUGUUUCUCACUACGAAUGGAGCUAUCAAGUUCGUGGCGUACGAGCGACUCAAGGGUCUGUACCAAACGCACUGGAGCCCCGACAUGGACGUGAUCCCGACGCUGGCGAUGGGUGCUGUGGCUCAGUCUAUUGCAUCGUCUACUACGUACCCGUACCAGGUGAUCAAAGCUCGUCUGCAGCAGGGAGGCCCCAUGGCGAGCAAGUACACAGGCACGUGGGAUUGCACGGUGAAGAUCAUCCGCCACGAGGGCUACUUUGGGCUCUUCAAGGGUCUGUCAGCGAACAUUCUCAAGGUGGUGCCCACGGGUGCCAUCAUUUUUGCCGCUUACGAGCAGAUCCAGAGCACCAUGAAGGCCAUUCUGUUGGACUAG